UAGUGAGGAGAGUGUUCAUCUAAAUCUCAUAAAAUUUUUCUACUGCUUUAGAAUCCAAAUCUGAACAAGCCAAAACAUAAAUGACAGACUAAGCAUCCAUGGACCCACUUGUAUAACCUUCACAAGUAUAUAAACCCUCCAAUCCCAUGAACCAAAAUCACCAACUCCAUUGAAUUUCUUCUGCAACUUAACACUUCCACCAUUUUCUUUCUCCCUCCCCCCCUUACUCUUCUAUUUUCUUCAGGACUAGAAUGAACAUGUCAGGAGGUGACUGGAUGUGUGCGGUGUGUGGACACAUGAACUUCAAGAAGAGGGAGAUGUGCAGACAGUGCAGCUACCCAAAAUAUGGCGGCCCAGAUGUAUCAUCAUACUUGUAUAACAGGACAGAAGUCUUGGCUGGAGAUUGGUACUGCACUGCCAUGAACUGUGGAGCUCACAAUUAUGCCAGCAGAACAAGCUGCUAUAGCUGUGGUACUGUGAAAAAUGACUAUGGUGCCUAUGCAAGUCACGUGACAGGCUCUGAUCUCCCUCCUGGAUGGAAAACUGGUGACUGGAUUUGCACUAGAAUGGGAUGUGGAGUUCACAACUAUGCUAGCAGGAUGGAAUGCUUCAAAUGUAAAACGCCAAGGGAUUUCGGUGGUGCAAUUUAGAAAAAAAGAAAAGAAUUUUGAGGGACUGUUUGGUGGAGGACAAGUAGUACAACUAAUUUAUCACUUAUCAUGACCUGAUCUUCAAUGAAGACUGCUUCUUACUACUCUUUCUUCUUGAAAACAAUAACUUUUCAACGGUUCAUUUUAGUUGAAGGCCACUUUUUAACA